AUGCUUGUUUCAAUUGAGAACCUCCCCUACUUGGCUGCGGGAUUAUUCCUAGCCUACUUCCUUGUCCCAUACCUCCAACGGUCUCGACUACGGGAUAUUCCUGCUCCAGGUGUAGCUGCAUUUACCAACUUCUGGCUACUACUGCAAGCCCGUCAGGGUAAGCGAUACCUGUCUGUGGAUGCAGCCCACAAGAAGUAUGGCAAGUUUGUGCGCAUUGCACCCAAACACAUCUCCGUUGCGGAUGACGAGGCCGUUACCGCAAUCUAUGGACACGGAAAUGGAUUCUUGAAGGCCGACUUCUACGACGCCUUCGUCUCUAUCCGCCGCGGCCUCUUCAACACCCGGGACCGCCACGAACACACCCGCAAGCGCAAGACAGUCUCCCACACGUUCAGCGCCAAAUCCAUCGGCCAAUUUGAGCAAUACAUUCACGGCAACAUCGAAAUGUUCGUCAAGCAAUGGAACAAGAUGUCCGAUAUCCAGAAGAACCCCAAAACCGGAUACGCCUCUCUAGACGCUCUGAACUGGUUCAACUACCUCGCCUUCGACAUCAUUGGUGAUCUCGCUUUCGGUGCACCCUUCGGCAUGCUGGAGAAAGGAAAGGACUUCGCUGAGAUGCGCAAGAGCCCCAACGAACCACCCAAAUACGUCGCCGCGAUCGAAGUUCUUAACCGUCGUGGUGAAGUCUCCGCUACAUUGGGUUGCAUGCCAUCUCUUAUCCCCUUUGCCAAAUACAUUCCUGAUAAGUUCUUCACUGAGGGUAUGGCCGCUGUUGAGAACCUAGCUGGUAUGGCCAUUGCACGUGUAAGCGAGCGUGUUAAGCCAGAGGUUAUGGCGAACAAUACCCGUGUGGAUCUCCUGGCCCGACUUAUGGAAGGAAAGGACGAAUCGGGAAAUACACUCGGUCGCGAGGAACUCACUGCUGAGGCUUUGACUCAGUUGAUUGCUGGUUCGGAUACCACAUCUAACACUGCUUGCGCAAUUCUGUACUGGUGUCUCCGUACACCCGGUGUUAUUCCGAAAUUGCACAAGGCUCUCGAUGAGGCCAUUCCUAAGGAUGUGGAGGUCCCUACUCAUGCUAUGGUUAAGGAAAUUCCUUACCUCCAAUGGGUUAUUUGGGAGACUAUGCGAAUUCACAGUACAUCUGCAAUGGGAUUACCGCGUGAGAUCCCUGCUGGUGCGGCACCUGUUACUAUCUCGGGACAUGUUUUCGGACCUGGUGAUGUGCUCAGUGUCCCAAGUUACACUAUUCACCGCAGUAAGGUGAUCUGGGGACCUGAUGCCGAAGAGUUUGUUCCUGAGCGAUGGAGCCCUGAGCGCCUUACCCCCAGACAAAAGGCCGCCUUCAUUCCUUUCAGCCAUGGACCUCGUGCUUGCGUUGGACGCAACGUUGCUGAGAUGGAGCUGCUUGUCAUGGGAGCCACUGUUUUCCGGUUGUUUGAGUUCCAGCUUGAGCAGGACUUCCCUAUGGAGACCCGGGAGGGAUUCUUGAGGAAGCCAUUGGGUUUGCAGGUUGGUAUGCGCCGGAGAACUCGUGCUUAA